AUGUCUGGUCGUGGCAAGAAGAUUCAGAAGUCUGCAGCUGGCAAGACGUCUAGGUCAGCUAAGGCAGGUCUCCAGUUCCCAGUAGGCCGCAUCCAUCGCUUUCUGAAGAAGGGAAACUAUGCAGAGAGGAUUGGCUCUGGAGCUGGGAUCUAUUUGGUCCUGGAGUUAUCGGGAAAUGCAGCCAGAGAUAACAAGAAAUCUCGCAUCUUGCCCAGACACAUCCAGCUAGCUGUCCGGAAUGAUGAGGAACUGGCCAAACUGUUUAGUUGUGUCACCAUUGCCGAUGGGGGAGUCUUGCCCAACAUACAAGCUGUUCUGUUGCCGAAGAAGACCAUGAAAGGCCCAUCACAGGAGCCCAAAGCUGUUGAGUCUCAGGAGUUUUGA